AACACAGCCGAUCACCGGCAGCAGGUCAUGCGAGGUUAUUCGAGGCAUACGAAUCCACUUAGUGAAAAUUGAUCGCUCACACUGACCAUGACUAACCCAUCUAUAUUCCCUGACCCAGAUCCGCAAAGGUAUCACCGAGUGCUGCAACAUCUCGCCAACGUCCGUGCUCAUGGCUUUUCACAAGCACCUGUGCUCACUCCAGCACUGCAAUUCUUCGACGAAGAUGCCUCACGGUGGUUACCAUCUCAUGCACCAGCUCAACCGCAAUCGACAGCGGCACCUGAGCAAGGAAAUCAUUAUCCUCAGGCAAUCCCACUUCAACGACUCACUCUCGAGGGCCUGAACAAUGAUGUUCUUGCCAUCGUCAUGGACUUCAUUUGUGAGGCGCAGACAUCCGAGGUCAAGCGCCGGAAGGAUGGAUGUGGAGUACCAAAGACGAGAUUUGACUAUCGCAGGGAAGGAAGUUCCCUAUUCUGCUUGUCACUCGUAAGCAAAAGGAUGCGAGCAACCGCUAUACCCAUUCUAUUCACACACGUUUUCCGCGAUGCCUCUUCUAUGGGAGAUCUCAAUCGGCGAUUAAGAGACAUGGAAGGGAAUCCGCUUGUUCCAUCGCUCCCUCUGGCUCUCCCAGCCAUCAAACCUGUGACAUUGUCGUCACUUCGGAAGGCAAAAACGCAUUCUGCAGAACCCGCCUUGCCAAAGCCCUUCCCAAGAUGGAGCCUCUCGUUGAGCUUUCCAUCACCCAUCGAAAGGAGCAUUUUACGCCUGCGCAUCUUGUCACAUGGUAGUUGGUCAUUCCUAGUAGAGGCUUGUCCUAAUGUCGAAACAUUGGCUCUGGAGUACGAUCUCGACCAAGAUGAUGCAAUGCUUGCGGCCGGGGCUUUGGAGAAUAUAAAGCGUUCCGAACUCUGCUGCGACACGUGGCGAAAGAGGGAUGUACAACGCCUGCAACAGUACUUGCCAGACAUCCAGAGUCCAGCCUUGCGAGGCUCCGUUGACCAGGAAAAAUUAACUAGCUUCGCUGAAACGUUUGGCUUGUUCAAAGCUGACCGAAAUCGCGGUUACUAUCAUACAACAAGUCACGGACGAAGAUCUCGAAGACCAAUUUUCCGACGAUGGGUCAGGAACUUAGGGUGUCUUUGGGGAAAUGCUGGAGGGUCAUGAGCUUGAUGAAGAGGAAAGCGUCGUCGCUUUGAAGUUCUUCGAAAAUUGCCCUGUACUGGAAACAUUAUUCCUAGUGCGCUGUG